UCACUCCAGUUCUCGCGAGACUUGCUACUCCUGCUCUUUCCCCACUCCGCCCCCGCGCUUGCGCAGAGCUCUUCAAAGCAGAAGGUCGCGCUUGGAGGAAGUGGCGGCUUUGGGUCCCGUGGCCGCUGCGCUGUUACUACUUCUCGGAAGCUCCGCUCGGCCGCUUGCCGAGACACCCCGCCGCCAAGAUGCCUCGAAUUAUGAUCAAGGGGGGCGUGUGGAGGAAUACCGAGGAUGAAAUUCUGAAAGCAGCGGUGAUGAAAUAUGGGAAAAACCAGUGGUCUAGGAUUGCCUCACUGCUGCAUAGAAAGUCAGCAAAGCAGUGCAAAGCCAGAUGGUAUGAGUGGCUGGAUCCAAGCAUUAAGAAAACAGAAUGGUCCAGAGAAGAAGAGGAAAAACUCUUGCACUUGGCCAAGUUGAUGCCGACUCAGUGGAGGACCAUCGCUCCAAUCAUUGGCAGAACAGCCGCCCAGUGUUUGGAACACUAUGAAUUUCUUCUGGAUAAAGCUGCCCAGAGAGACAAUGAAGAGGAAACAACAGAUGAUCCACGAAAGCUUAAGCCUGGAGAAAUAGAUCCAAAUCCAGAAACAAAGCCAGCACGGCCUGAUCCGAUUGACAUGGAUGAGGAUGAAUUGGAGAUGCUUUCUGAAGCUAGAGCCCGCCUGGCUAAUACUCAGGGAAAGAAAGCCAAGAGGAAAGCAAGAGAGAAACAGCUGGAAGAAGCAAGGCGUCUUGCUGCCCUCCAAAAGAGAAGAGAACUUCGAGCAGCUGGCAUAGAAAUUCAGAAGAAAAGAAAAAAGAAAAGAGGAGUUGAUUAUAAUGCUGAAAUUCCAUUUGAAAAAAAGCCUGCUCUUGGUUUCUAUGAUACUUCUGAGGAAAACUACCAGACUCUUGAUGCUGAUUUCAGAAAGUUAAGACAACAGGAUCUUGAUGGGGAGCUGAGAUCUGAAAAAGAAGGACGAGAUAGGAAAAAAGACAAGCAGCAUUUGAAAAGGAAAAAAGAAUCUGAUUUACCAUCAGCUAUUCUUCAAACUAGUGGUGUUUCUGAAUUUACUAAAAAGAGGAGCAAACUAGUACUUCCUGCCCCUCAGAUUUCAGAUGCAGAACUCCAAGAAGUUGUAAAAGUAGGCCAAGCAAGUGAAAUUGCACGUCAAACUGCUGAGGAAUCUGGCAUAACAAACUCUGCUUCCAGUACUCUCUUGUCUGAGUACAAUGUCACCAACAACAGCAUUGCUCUGAGAACACCACGGACACCAGCUUCCCAGGACAGAAUUCUGCAGGAAGCGCAAAACCUCAUGGCUCUGACCAAUGUGGACACCCCAUUGAAAGGUGGGCUCAACACCCCUUUGCAUGAGAGUGACUUCUCAGGCGUGACGCCACAGCGGCAGGUUGUGCAGACUCCAAACACAGUUCUUUCCACCCCGUUCAGGACUCCGUCUCAUGGAUCUGAAGGGCUGACUCCCCGGAGUGGGACGACUCCCAAACCAGUUAUUAACUCCACCCCGGGUAGAACUCCUCUUCGAGACAAGUUAAACAUUAAUCCUGAGGAUGGAAUGGCAGACUACAGUGAUCCCUCUUACGUGAAGCAGAUGGAAAGAGAAUCUCGUGAACACCUACGUUUAGGAUUGUUGGGUCUUCCUGCUCCUAAGAAUGACUUUGAAAUUGUUCUACCAGAAAAUGCUGAGAAGGAACUGGAAGAGCGUGAAAUAGAUGAUACUUACAUUGAAGAUGCUGCUGAUGUGGAUGCACGGAAGCAGGCCAUACGAGAUGCAGAGCGUGUAAAGGAAAUGAAACGAAUGCACAAAGCUGUCCAGAAGGAUCUGCCAAGACCAUCAGAAGUAAAUGAAACAAUUCUAAGACCAUUAAAUGUAGAACCACCUCUAACAGAUUUACAGAAAAGUGAAGAACUGAUCAAAAAGGAAAUGAUCACAAUGCUUCAUUAUGAUCUUCUACAUCACCCUUAUGAGCCAUCUGGAAAUAAAAAAGGAAAAACUGUAGGAUUUGGUACCAAUAAUGCAGAGCACAUUGCCUAUCUGGAACAUAACCCUUAUGAAAAAUUCUCCAAGGAAGAGCUGAAAAAGGCUCAGGAUGUUCUGGUACAGGAGAUGGAAGUGGUCAAACAAGGUAUGAGCCACGGAGAACUCUCAAGUGAAGCUUAUAACCAGGUGUGGGAAGAGUGCUACAGUCAAGUUUUGUAUCUUCCUGGGCAGAGCCGCUACACCCGGGCCAACCUUGCUAGCAAAAAGGACAGAAUUGAGUCACUGGAAAAGAGGCUUGAGAUAAACAGGGGUCACAUGACAACAGAAGCCAAGAGAGCCGCAAAGAUGGAAAAGAAGAUGAAAAUUUUGCUUGGGGGUUACCAGUCUCGUGCGAUGGGGCUCAUGAAACAGUUGAAUGACUUAUGGGACCAGAUUGAGCAGGCUUACUUGGAGUUACGCACUUUUGAAGAACUCAAGAAACAUGAAGAUUCUGCUAUUCCCCGGAGGCUAGAGUGUCUAAAAGAAGAUGUUCAGCGACAGCAGGAAAGAGAAAAGGAACUUCAGCAUAGGUAUGCUGAUUUGCUGUUGGAGAAAGAGACUUUAAAGGCCAAAUUUUGAAGCAUAUUCUCUCACAAGCUGAAUUAAUUGCUGGUGUUCAGACCCUGGAAGGCUGAAACUGCUGUUUAUCUUCAUUGACAAAUUUGCCCACCAUCUGUGGUUUUUUGAUUGUUUAUUUUAAAUGAUACCAAUCUUAUGCAUUUAUGUGUAAAGACUUUAACUCCACAGGACAUUUUAGGGUUUAAAUUAUUAAGACGAUCAUUCUUUUAGCAGUGUCUUAUUUGCAAAUUUUUUUAGUUUUGGCCUUUAAUUUUAAAAGCCUGAUUUUAAAGUGCUGCCUGUGAGUAAACUCUUGAAUAAAAACAAAAUAUAAAAAGUU